CCUCCCUCUGCGAGCUAUCUACACUUACACAUAUACUAUCAUCGCACCAUGCCCGACCUCAACUCUGUACCACCGUCUCCUAGACACCCCACUUCCACCUCCAACCCUACCGCAACGAGCGCUUCACAUCAUUCUUCUACAGCGGCAUCGAGGCGCACUUCGCAAAUCUGUAAGUAUCAGGCACGUCCAUCGCCUGGAUUCACGCGUUGUGAGCAUAGCCUGUCGAUGACUUUAAGUUAUCGAUCGCGUACACGGCCCCACAUGCACCCCCCCAGCUUCCGCAGCUACUCACUACUUACUCAACAUUCACACGUCGCUAUCCCAUUCACUUCAAAGACUACACAUGUUCAUUCCACGACUUGUUACUAAUCGAUCAACAUCUGUAGACCCAAUGAGCCCGCCUCCGCUUCCCCUCGCAUCCCCGGGAGGGACUGUCCCGCCAUCCACGACUCAGCACUCGCACGCGUUUCCUCCGCUGAGCCCAAGCAUGGCAGGGUCUGUCCCCAGCGUGGACGCUUCUGGUGUUCCGAUGCGACAUCCACGACCGCUCACUGCAGCCGAACUCCAUCUAGAGCUUGAGAAGGAACAGGAGGCUGUUGUCAACCGUCUCACGCGGGAGUUGUCUGCCCUCCGUGCCCACACAGCUUCCGUAGCAUCUACCGCCUCUAGUGCUGCCUCGAAUGUUCAUGUCGAGCACGAUAUCACCGGACCGACGCACCCCACAUCUGCGCGUAGGCACCGCAGCUCCUCCAGUGUCUCGCGCAAUAGCAUCAGCGCACCGCCUCCAUAUGGCAUUCCGCAUACGUCGGCCACAACCACCAUCCCACACCACCGCUACUCGAUAUCUUCGCAAAAUGCAACCAACGAUGCCUCUGCUGCUCAACAAGCAAGAAGUGCGAGUGUAGUCAGCACCCCAAGGUAUGAGGAGGUUGCGCAUUACAGGCAGGAGCUGGAAGAGGCGAAGCGGGAAAAUGAGUCGUUGAAGAGGCGCAUUCGAGAAUUGGAGCGCACGAUUCGUGGAGGCAACGACCUUGAUGCCCGCCGAGGUCGUAGGGGUGCAUCGACAUCUGAUGGUUCAGCGCUGAGCAACGGUGAUAGCGGGAGCAUUGCUCCAUCAGCCAGCGACGAAAAACCCACACUGCAAGCGUAAACGCCUCUAAUCCGAUUCAAAGGCUUUUGUGUAUACCAAUGGCACACGACAGCCGCGGGUACAAUGUUAUAAUCUGGGGUGAGAUGUAGAGACUUCAGGGACAGUGGCCGCGGAUAUCACCGAUGCCCGCGUUACGCGUACGCGAGCACCAAGCAGAACAAACUCCAGCGUGGACAGGCAGGUUUCAUGGCAGGUGAUUGAUGUCCGUAUGGUUUGACGAGUGAUGAAGCAAUGGAUUCCCUUAUCUCAUACACAAUAUGCCCACUCAAUUAAUUCCCCAAUGACAAUUAGAUGUUUAUAUGCGCAUCCCACCAUGUGCCCGCCAAUGAUGUAUUGGGGCUUUGGCGUGAACCUGCGUCGAUCUUCACAGAUAAGCCCUGGUUGAUCAGUGACGUUUUUUCCUUUUUUACCUCCCUGACGCAGAUCUCGUUCGUGUGAGCUUUGCUGCAACCACCCCUUCACGGAUACGAAGUCCCGAUCCAUCAACAGAUGUGAUGACCCCAUUGCACGUUGUUGUCGACUGCCCAUGGAAACAGGCGCAUUGCGGGUCUUGCAAAAAGUAAUCGAUAAGCGUUCCGAGCU